AUCGCGAGGCUGUAGGCAGGGCCGGGCCCGACAUGGCGGAAGAGGAGGUGGCCAAGUUGGAGAAGCAUUUGAUGCUUCUAAGACAAGAGUAUGUCAAGCUGCAGAAGAAGCUGGCAGAAACAGAGAAAAGAUGCACACUUUUGGCUGCACAAGCAAACAAGGAGAAUAGCAGUGAGUCAUUCAUCAGCCGCUUGCUGGCCAUAGUGGCAGGUCUCUAUGAGCAGGAACAGUACAGUGAUUUGAAGAUCAAGGUUGGGGACAGGCACAUCAAUGCUCACAAGUUUGUCUUAGCCGCCCGCAGUGAUAGCUGGAGUCUGGCUAACUUGUCUUCCACAGGGGAGCUAGAUUUGUCAGAUUCGAAUCCUGAGGUGGCAAUGACAAUGCUUCGCUGGAUCUAUACGGAUGAGUUAGAGUUCAGAGAGGAUGAUGUGUUCCUGACUGAAUUGAUGAAACUGGCCAAUCGCUUUCAGCUCCAGCUCCUUAGGGAGAGAUGUGAGAAGGGUGUUAUGUCUCUGGUGAAUGUUAGGAACUGUAUUCGCUUCUAUCAAACUGCAGAGGAAUUAAAUGCCAGCACACUGAUGAACUAUUGUGCAGAAAUUAUUGCAAGUCACUGGGAUGACUUGCGAAAGGAGGACUUCAGUAGCCUGAGUGCUCAGUUGUUAUAUAAAAUGAUCAAAUCCAAGACAGAGUACCCAUUACAUAAAGCUAUCAAAGUGGAGAGAGAAGAUGUGGUCUUCCUCUAUCUGAUUGAAAUGGAUUCCCAGCUACCUGGGAAGCUUAAUGAAACAGAUCAUAAUGGAGAUCUUGCAUUAGAUCUGGCUCUUUCACGGCGUCUAGAGAGUAUUGCCACCACUCUGGUUAGUCACAAAGCUGAUGUGGACAUGGUAGACAAGAAUGGCUGGAGCUUAUUACAUAAAGGUAUCCAAAGAGGAGAUCUUUUUGCAUCUACAUUCCUCAUUAAGAAUGGGGCCCUUGUCAACGCUGCCACACUAGGGGCCCAGGAGACCCCAUUACACCUUGUAGCAUUGUACAGUUCAAAGAAAUACUCAGCAGAUGUGAUGUCUGAGAUGGCACAGAUUGCAGAGGCCCUCCUGCAGGCUGGUGCUAACCCCAACAUGCAGGAUAACAAGGGCAGGACUCCUUUACAUUUGUCCAUCAUGGCCAGGAACGAAUAUGUGUUCAAUCAGCUGCUGCAGUGUAAACAAUUAGAUCUAGAGCUGAAAGAUCACGAAGGCAGCACUGCACUUUGGCUUGCCGUCCAGUACAUCACUGUGUCUUCAGACCAGUCUGUAAACCCCUUUGAAGACCUCCCUGUGGUAAACGGGACAUCAUUUGAUGAGAAUAGCUUUGCAGCCAGACUCAUUCAACGCGGCAGCAACACUGAUGCUCCUGAUGCAAUGACAGGAAAUUGUUUACUACAGAGGGCAGCUGGGGCUGGAAAUGAGGCUGCAGCUCUCUUCCUGGCAACCAGUGGUGCCCACGCCAACCACAGGAACAAAUGGGGAGAAACUCCUUUACAUACAGCUUGUCGGCAUGGCCUGGCCAACCUCACAGCAGAGCUCCUGCAGCAAGGUGCCAAUCCAAACUUGCAGACAGAGGAGGCUCUGCCUGUGUCUAAAGAGUCUCCGGUCCUAGUGAGUUCUGUAGAUGGCAUCUACCUACAAACACCAUUGCACAUGGCGAUUGCCUAUAACCAUCCAGAUGUGGUUUCUGUCAUCUUAGAGCAGAAAGCCAAUGCUCUUCACGCCACCAACAACCUACAAAUCAUUCCUGACUUCAGCCUCAAGGAUUCCAGAGACCAAACUGUGCUCGGCCUGGCAUUAUGGACUGGCAUGCACACAAUUGCUGCCCAGCUGCUGGGCUCCGGAGCUUCAAUCAAUGACACCAUGUCAGAUGGACAGACACUGCUGCACAUGGCCAUACAGCGGCAGGACAGCAAGAGUGCUCUCUUCCUACUGGAGCACCAAGCUGAUAUAAAUGUCAGGACUCAGGAUGGAGAGACUGCCCUUCAGCUGGCCAUCAGAAAUCAGCUUCCACUAGUGGUUGAUGCUAUAUGUACUCGAGGAGCUGACAUGUCUGUGCCAGAUGAAAAAGGGAACCCACCACUGUGGCUUGCCUUGGCAAGUAAUCUGGAGGACAUUGCUUCCACUUUGGUCAGACAUGGUUGUGAUGCUACAUGCUGGGGCCCAGGACCAAGUGGAUGUCUUCAGACACUUCUGCAUAGAGCCAUUGAUGAAAACAAUGAAUCUACUGCCUGCUUUCUUAUUCGAAGUGGCUGUGAUGUGAAUAGUCCCAGACAACCAGGUACUGAUGGAGAAGGAGAAGAGGAAGCAAGGGAUGGGCAGACUCCUCUGCAUUUGGCAGCCUCAUGGGGACUAGAAGAGACGGUACAGUGUCUUUUGGAGUUUGGUGCCAACGUCAAUGCACAGGAUGCAGAAGGAAGAACACCUGUCCAUGUGGCCAUCAGCAACCAGCAUAGUGUCAUCAUUCAGCUGUUGAUCUCUCACCCCAACAUUGAGUUGAGCGUACGGGACAGACAAGGGCUGACCCCUUUUGCCUGCGCCAUGACUUACAAGAACAAUAAGGCAGCUGAGGCCAUUCUAAAACGAGAGUCUGGGGCUGCUGAGCAGGUAGAUAAUAAAGGUCGGAAUUUUCUUCAUGUGGCAGUUCAGAACUCUGACAUUGAAAGUGUCUUGUUCCUGAUCAGUGUCCAGGCCAAUGUGAACUCCAGAGUCCAGGAUGCUUCCAAGUUGACCCCUCUGCACCUUGCUGUUCAGGCAGGCUCAGAGAUCAUUGUCCGAAAUCUGCUUCUUGCAGGAGCCAAGGUGAAUGAAUUAACCAAGCAUCGGCAGACUGCUCUCCAUCUCGCUGCGCAGCAAGACCUGCCCACCAUCUGCUCAGUCCUCCUAGAGAAUGGAGUGGACUUUGCUGCUGUGGAUGAGAACGGAAACAAUGCUCUUCAUCUUGCGGUCAUGCAUGGUCGACUCAACAAUAUCCGGGCUCUUCUGACAGAGUGUACAGUGGAUGCUGAAGCCUUUAAUCUGAGAGGCCAGUCACCACUGCACAUUCUGGGACAGUAUGGCAAAGAAAACGCAGCAGCCAUCUUUGAUCUCUUCUUAGAGUGUAUGCCUGAGUAUCCUCUGGACAAACCAGAUGCAGAAGGCAACACAGUGCUGCUCUUAGCAUACAUGAAAGGGAAUGCCAACUUGUGCCGUGCCAUCGUUCGGUCUGGGGUUCGCCUUGGGGUGAAUAAUAACCAAGGAGUCAACAUUUUCAACUACCAGGUUGCCACUAAGCAGCUUCUAUUUAGAUUAUUAGAUAUGCUCUCCAAGGAGCCUCCAUGGUGUGACGGCUCCAACUGCUAUGAAUGUACUGCCAAGUUUGGAGUCACAACUCGAAAGCAUCACUGUCGUCACUGCGGCCGUCUGCUUUGCCAUAAAUGCUCAACCAAGGAGAUUCCUAUUAUAAAGUUUGACCUGAACAAGCCUGUGCGGGUUUGCAACAUUUGCUUUGAUGUACUGACUCUGGGCGGAGUCUCUUAGUGAGGCCCCCAGGAGGAUCCAGGCCUGCAUCCCCUGGCACCUCCCCAGCAGCUGCUCUACUCACCAGCCUGCCUCCUACCCAGAGCAAGAGCUGGCAGUUGUCUUCCUGCGGCAGAAGACCAUGGUGUGAUCCCUGAUCGUUUCAAACUGUAUGACUGUCAGUGUCAGACUUCGGUCUAUUGCACUAGAUGUCUCACUGGUUGGACCAGGCCAGUUUAGCCUGCGUGACAAAUGUGAUAGGAAUCAGCUAGCAGCACACAAGACACUUGGAGACAAUGUUCCCUUUCAGUAACGUAGCGUCCAUCUCAGAGAAUUCACAAAGUCUUCCUGCCUGGGCUGACCCAGAGGCAGAGCCUGACAGUAGAGAGCAGCCGCUAGACGAGGGCUAGUUACUCACUCGGGUGGUGGCUACCCUGAGUGGCUACCGCCUUUAAUGCACAGUGUUUUCAUAAAGAUAAUAGGAACUUCGUGCCCUCAAGUCUUUUCUUUCUUUAAGCUAAGCUGUAUUUUUAGUGAGCUGCCCUUUUAAAAAGGUGAAAUCUUUCUAAACAGGGUUCAAAGAUGAGAGCUGAAUAAUUGUGGCCUUAACAACUGAAAGCUUUACCAAUGUUGCUGCUGCUAGGUGUCAGAAUGCCUGUGGCAGCUUGACACCUAGCAGCCAUCUCAUUCUCUCGUCUUGCUGCGUCCUGUCUGUGGAGUCCUCAGUCGCUGCCACUUGAGUGGUGGAAGAAAUGCACUUUGACUGUGCUGCACUUUUUCUAGAGCUGUAUCAUUGGUGAAUCCAAUUCAAAAAUCCAUGUUCAAAAAUGCCAUCACAUACUCUCCUAUCAGUGGUUCUGAUGGCCAGCUUGGACUGGACCUCAGCACACACUAAUCUAAAAGGGAAAACUGCCAAGAAGGAAGAAAUUCAUACUGAUGUGAAUGAUGCGGAAGGCGAUGGCUGUGGCUUUGAUCCAGGUCCUCUCUCCCUGACACGCCCUUCCUGCUAAAGCCUUGCCUUGCAUUCUGAGUGCUCACGGUGCUGGUUCUGGGUAGCACUGGGCCUCAUCAGAGCCAAGCAGCCCAAGGCCCUGGCCAAUUGUGAACAGCCUGUUUUAGAAAUCUGGCUGAAAUGACGAGCAAGGCUCUGAAGCAUAGGUCUUUGGUUCCUGAUGCUACACAUACUAGCCCCGGGAUGCUGGGCCUCUUUCUUUUAAAAGUUUGGCCAAUGUUUUGGGUUGUUUCUGUUUGGGAGUUUUAAUUUUUUAAUUUUAUUAUAUUGCACACUGAAAGAGAAACUUAUACCACUUUUUUUGUUUGUUUUUAAGAAACAAAAACAACUGCUCUGAGACUCUGAGAUGAACAAUAUCUGCUCAUAGUCAGAGAUUAACUGUCAAUCACUCGCACUGAUUUUUUGAGACAUUUGAUAACCCUACGUUACUUGCAUUACUGGAGUAUGGCUGUGUGAAUGAAAGGGACUUCUUUGGGCAUCUCUUUCUUGGAUAGUGGUAUGCUCUCUGUUGCUGUAGAGUUAGGCAUCCUACUGCCUAAAUAUGUAUAAAAUGUGCUGAAAAACCAGUGUGCUACUUUCUAAAAAUACUUGUGUGAUUUAUAUGUAUGCUUUUUAUGUUAACAUUAGCUUGUACACAGUGUUUAAAAGGAAGAGUUACUUGGAGGAGUGCCAUUGCCCCCAGCCUGUGACUUAAACUUCAUAGAGAAUUUUUAUGAAAACAUUUAGUCAGUCUUGGCCAACAACUAUAGGAAGCAUGCAGUCAGUUUCCAAUUUUUUAUUGCUUAAAAGGGCCACAGAGACCUAGGAUUAGGUUGUUAUCAUGAUGCUUUAGUGGGGAAGGUAAUAAUGGUUUGGUUAUGAACCAGGGUGGUUGGUGCACAUAUACCUGUUCUCCCUUGUUUAUUGUGGAGAGGGGGAUGGAGAGUCAGGAUGAAGCUAGUUCUGUCCUUGCCCCACCACACCAGUGUCAGUAACAGUCUUGCCUACAACUGUACUUCCAAUCUGAAGAUCAUGCCUAAAACAUAUGUAGGUUAAAGUUUCUGUUCCUUCAGAGGUCAGUGUAGUGAUUAGCAGUGGCUGAGAGAGGCUGGCUGUGUGACUGACUGAGGGACAUUGGUAGCCAUGCUGUAGAUGUGGACCGGGCAUUCUUCCACGCCCCAAUCCCCCUGACCAUGCCCCGCUCACUGCGCUGCACUCCUCUUGUUCACUGCCCUGGCCAGGACCAGACUUCCUGUGCAUCUCUCCUGUCCUCUCUCCAUGCUGACCAGACUUCACCAUGAAAUUGCUUAGCUGUUCUUGUUCACUCUUAAUCAGUACCUUAAGAACUAGCUGCAAAACUUCAUUUAUUCAUUCGAAAAGUCAGUUGUGAAUGAGCCAAUCAGGAAGAGUCAACUUUACUGAAAGAUAAUUGCUGCCUCAGUUAACCUGCUGUGCUCACCUAGCUUUUUAACUGCCUCUUGUUCAUCAGGACUCUGCUGUACAGUGUAUCAUUAAGGAUUUUCUGUUUGUUUGGUUUUUUUAAAGAUAGAGGUACAGACCAUGUGCUUAAACUAGUUUGCUAUAAUCCUCUAACACAGCAAUGUCCCACAAGCUUAAGUGCCUACACUGAGGACUCCCUUAUUUCCAGUUGUCUUUUCAUUGGUAUCUCACUCAGUGAUGUGUUAGAACACGAGUUUUGGGCCUAUUCCACCCCAAUAACCAGUUCAGUCGAGGCUGAAUAUUAGACUGCUCAGUUCAUCUGCCAUAUUCUCUCCAAGGAGUGGGGUCCACAUGAUGUUUUUGUCCUCUACCUCAGAGCCAUGAGUUGUUUCUGACUACCCAUCAGCUUCCUCCCUCUCCUUCAAUGGGUCUUUCAUGAAGCUGGGUGUGUGGGUCACACCACCCUGCCCAGUUUGUGCCCAUCCCCCAUACGGCACGUUCCUGCACUAGUUUUGUCUGCAGACAAGGGGUGGAGGACAGGCCUCCCAUCUAGGGUUUCCUUACUUGGAGAAAGAAAAAAGUGGCUGAACUGCCAAAAGCUUAGACCAGAGAGGAAGUGACAUCAACAUGUAAAUGUAUGUCUCCCUCACAGAUACUGGCUUCCCUCAGGAUCAGCCCCCUAGAGCCACCUGAAGCUCCAGAGCUCCCCUGCCAGCCCAGCAGAGGAAGCAGCUCAGCAAAGGCCUCUGAGCUAUGCUCACUGUACAGAAUUGAUCUAGUGGAAAACUGAGUAUGUGACCAGUUAAUAUAAAAUUCCCAGAUGUCGUAGAUGCCUUAAAGACUUUCUCUAGAGGAUCAUUGCCUCUUGCGUGGAAUAAAUAAUGUAUUAACUCUUACAACUGACAACAUUGGUUCUCUACAGUGAGGGUGGGGACUGCUGGACGAACUGACUUGCCAGCUUGGCAGCUGUGUGGAACUGGGCGUUCCAUGACAUCCUUAAGGUACCAAGGACAAGGCAGCAGCAGCUGGGCCAAAACUGCAGGCACACGUUUGGAUAGACCACUUGGCUCUCAAACUGCUCUGGUGGUGCUCAGUGUGGGAAGGACAGCAUCAGCAGGGACCAUGGCGCUUAGCAGCAUUGUUUCUUUGGAGUCUGUGUAAUGGAAUGUAUUUUUCAAAUAUUGAUAUUUUGAUUUUCUGUAAUAAUUCCUUAUAAUAAAAAUGAGGUAAAAUUGUGAA